UCCCAUAUACGAGCAUUCAUUUGAAAAAAGAUUUAUACAGAUUUUCUGGAAUACAAUGCGUCAAAAUGAGCAAUAUUAAAGUAUUCGCAUUUUCAACAGGAGAAAAAAUUACGAACGAUAAUUUAUUUUGCGUAGAAAUUUUGACUACUGGUAAUAAUUUGAAAUUAGGAAAAUGGGUGAUGCCACCUUCGACUGAUAUGAAGGAUAUUCUUUCAGAAUUUCCUUUGGAUAAAAAUAAAAAUUUGAAAUCAUUUUUAAAAUGUUGCAAACAACACGUCAAUUGUUAUAGUUAUCGUCAAGAACAAUACAACAAUUUAAAGAAUAUUCUCUCAGAUACAGUAAACUGUUCCUUAGACGCCAAUCUUGGAUUUACACGAAUUCAUUUACAUAUGUCAGGGAUAGAACAGAUCGAUCCCGGGGAAAUAUAUAAUAUUAUGUUGUUUAUGGCUUAUAAAUCAAACGAAGCACUUCCAUAUUUAAUAAGUAUUGAGACACAAGACAAUACUUUGUCGCCAAAAAUGAAUAAAAUAUUUAAUAAAUAUUUUAAACCAUUCAAGAUCUUCAAUUUGAGUGCUGCAUUCGAACGGAUUAUUGAUGAUAAUCGUCAUUUUAUUUGGAAGAAAGUAUCUAAAGUUUCCAAUAACUUUGAUGAAUACAUAACGGAAGAAAAAGAUGAAGAGAGUAUUUCGAGAGAUAUUGAAAGUAAUGAUACAAAGAAAGUAAAUUCACAAAGUAGCCUUGAACAGGAUCUAAAAGAGUUACAAAUCGAAAAUGGAAAUAGUAAUUACUCGUCGAAUUCAAUGAAGGAUAAAGCAAGACCAAAAUCUAAUAAUAGAAGAAAUAAAAAUAAACUUGUUAAAGAAAAUUUAGAUACAAUUAUUAAGACCCAAAAGAUUAACAAGCAAAAGAAAGAUCUUGAAAAAAGUUCUACGAAUACUGUAACGAAGAAAAAAAUAAAAGAAAAUAUUUCAGUCAAUGAAAACAAGGUACAAGCAGCUUUAAAAGAUACAUUUACAAAAAAUAAUAUAGACCAAUCCACCAAGAAUGAGGAAAGCCGUGAAAAAAAGGAAAGCAAAUCUUCAUCGAUAACAGAGGAUUCAGUCAAAAAUUUGCAAAAUCCUUAUAAAUAUUUUAGCAGCACACCAAAAUUAAACAAGAGAAAAAAAAAAUCAGAGGAUGUACGUCUUCCAGAAAUUAGUGCAAUUGCAUCCUUGUCGACGAAUAGGGGAUCAAACAAAAAUUUAACAAAUAUUUUGAAUGAAAAGGACGAUAAUUCUUUGUCGACCAGCGAUCAAGAUAGUGAAAAAGAGCAACUCAAUGAAAUGCAAACGAGCGAAUUAUUGAGAGACAUUAAAGUGGCUAGUAAAACAAUAAAGAAGAAAGAUGCGAGAAAUAUCGAUCAAGAUGGCAGCAACGAACGUAAAUAA